AAACCUAGCACAUCACAAGGUUACUCAAUCAUGUCGUGGGCGUCUGUGCCUCUCUCUGACCACUUCCUGUGACGGCAGUGCUGGUUACCACUAUCUACUACGCUUAAAACAUCCAACAAUCGGAUCACUGAUAGUGGGGUAGGAAGGACUCAUUUGAAUUCCAUCUGAUAAUGGCCACUGACACUGAAGGAGUUUUAAAUCUGAAAUAUCUGAGAUCUGCCCAGGGCAUACUGAAGAUCACUGAGCUGGUGUUUCUCCUGGCUGCCUUUCUCGUCGUCCGCACCUCCUGGUUCACUGCAGUGCUGGACACCUACAUCUUCUUCCAGGUCAUCACCAUCGGAGUCUUCUCUGCCAUCUUCCUCUUCCUCAUCCUCACUGCCCUGGGGCUGCCAAGCAGACUCCCCUGCAUCAGUUGGAGUGUCACGGAGUUUGUUUUAGAUACAGUGGCACUACUAUGUGUCUUUCCUGUGUCCUGUGCAGCUGCAGUGAAGAGUCAUGACGUGAAUAUCCUCGUGGCCGCCUCAAUGCUGGGUCUGACAGUGUGUUUUCUGUUCGCUGCUAGCAUAGCCCUCUCCUUCCAGCCCCUACACUCAAAGCUGUCCCCCCACAUCAGUGCUGAAGUCUGAUCUGGUCAGCCUCACGUCCACGUCCCAAGUUCACUCACAGCUUCCAGAAUGACUCGGAAACAGAACUGAGUAGGUGGGUUUACAUGGACAGUCAUUCCGAUUAGACUAUUCUGAAUGAAAAUCUUGUGUCAUCUGUUUACAUGGCGUACGUUCUAUUCUGAUCAGGUGCUCUUUACAUAAUUUGAUGGGAAUAGCCAUUGCCGCUUUGCUUUUGCUUGAUAAGCUACAGCGGGCAAUCCGACUGACCCUAUAUAUGGUAGAUAAAUCGGAAUAAGAACGGAAUACACCACCUCUUUCAUUCCAAUUAAAAUUCUAAUCGGAUCGGCGGUUUUAUUCCAAUCAAGGUGCUAUGUGUUAUUUCUAUUCCGAUUCCAAUUGGAAUAAACGUGUCCAGGUAAACCCACCUACUAACAGGGAGCAUCAGCUGCUUAAUGAUGCCAUCCAACCAGGCUCUCCUACUGGGGUGUAUGUCAAGUGUGAGGUGAAGUGCCAAAUCUUAGGAAGUUAACCCAAAGAAAACUGUGCUAAAGCUCCCAAUAGAUAUAUAUAGGGCUUAUAAGCCCUAACACCUCAUUCUCCUGACUAAACAAAGUAAGUAAAAUGUAUUCUAAAUCAGAUUCAUACACAGCUUAUUCUGGCCAAAGUGCUGUGUAUGAAUGUGAAACAAAGUGCAAAUGCAAGUGCUGCAGUACACUUACAUCUCACAUCAAUAAGGAACAGCAAGGGACACAGUAUUACAGACAUAGCAAGUUGGCCAUUAGAGGGCUGAGAAGGCCAGAGAAUACAGGUGAGUUUUGAGGCCAGGUGAAGGCUCUGUCACCUAUUUGCCUGAGCUGAGAGUGAGGGAUAUGAAGGAGACCUUUACUUGACAUUACAUUACAUUUGGCUGAUGAUUUUUAACCAAAGUGACUCUCAACAUGGUAAACAAUUUAAACAUACAGUACAAUAAGAACAAGCUAGUGUAUCAGUGAGUGCUAUUUUCAUUGUCAAGUGUCAGUUCUAGUCAGGUGAUAAGUGCUGGAGUUAGCAAGGCUAGUUGCAAGUAGUGCUACGAGAGAUGUUCUCUGAAGAGCUGGGUCUUCAGGAGUUUUUUGAAGAUGGAGAGGGAUGUCCCUGCUCUAGUAGGAACUGGUAGUAUGUUCCACCAAUGAGGAACAACAGAUGAGAAAAGUUUGGAUUGGGCUUAAAAAAUAAAUAAAUAACAGCUACAGGGGCCAUCUUUUAGGUUCAACCUCCUCUGGGUUUGUCACAAAAACUCCAUGCUUGAAAUACAUCCCAGGUCUUCUACAAGAGUGGCUGAUGAUCUGCUGAUUUAAAAUCUGCAGUUGUUUAAAGGAACACGUCAACUUUUAGGGAAAUUAGAUUAUUAACUAAAAGGGAGCUCUAGGCUUAGUGGCUUACUGGUGCACCCCACCUCCAGUGGUCAGACUGGGUUAUUGCACGCACAGAGAGGACAAGAGGAUGGAUCCUCCCAUCUAACACUGGGGUAGAUGGGGAAAAAGCUAAUUCACCAAAAAGUUGGGGUGUUCCUUAAACUGUGUUGUGGAACUGAUGCUGAUACUGAUGCAUUUAUUAAGCACUGAGUGUGCAGUACAUAUGCCUUACAUUGGCUCACUUAAAUGAAACAGUCUAGGACAUAGAAAGCAUUAGUCUUCAAUGCCAUGAACAAUUCAACAAUCAUAAUGUAUCAUUGUUCUUAUUCAUUAUUAGUUAAGACUGAUUAAUAGAUAGAUAGCCCUUCAUUCUAUUGUUUUCGGGAUCUUCAGAGUUUGUAAAUGUUUAUGUUUUUGUUCUGUUCAAAUUCUAUUUAGUCUAUAUUGUAUUUUUAUUAAGGCAAUAUCACUUUAAAUUGUUACUGGUAAUUCGAAUGUUAAUUUAAAGCUUAUUGAUGUCAAAGGCGUCUGCCAAGAACUGUAAAAAUAAACAGUAACAUUCAUGACUUUAUAUUCAGUAAUAAACACCUGUUAGUUAUGGGUUUAUUGAUGUGGAUACAAACUUAGAGUACAUUUUGUGUGUUUAAGUAUUUUACGGAGUAUUAGUGGGUACAAACAAAUCUAUCAAAGUCUUUGUUUCUUGAUUAGAGCAUGUGUCACUUAAAAUACCGCUGGCCUAUACUGUAGACAGAGCAGAACAAAACAGACAAAACAACUCU